AGAAUAAUAUCAAUAGUACAAUAGCAAGGAAAACAAUCUCUCCCCAUUUACCUCCUCUUCUGAUCUACAUUUGCAAAUAAAUUAACAUAAGUGGAUGUGUCACUCUCAUAGUUGAUAGUGUCAUUGUCAAAAACAACAAUCGAAACAUUUCACUGUAAGUCGACGUGCUAAACACAAGUUCCACUCUGGUAGUAUGCUUGAUAUAUUCUAUAUAAAUGAUCAUUUUUAUUUCAAAAUUGAUUUUAUAGAUUGUCAUGAUAUAACUUCACAAUCGGAAAAAAAAAACAGUCGAUAGUCACAGCAAAAUAGAACUACAGAAUUGUUUAAAUUCUCUUUCCUCGCUGCUUGUUGCUAGGCAGAAUUUGUGCUUCACAAUCAUUUGUGAACCAAAGGCCAAUGGGAAAAAAACAAAGAAAAGAAAAAAAAACUGCUUAUGCCAACUUGGCAAUGAGACUGUUUGACUGUCAAAACAGCUGCUGAUGGCACUGUGCCCCAAGACAGUGAGUCUGUAAGAAAACACAGACAGACUUUGCAUGAAAAAACUAUUUUUAUAACAGCACAUGAUUAAAUUCUAUUAAUACACAUUGAUAUCACAAUCAAAUCACAUCUCUGUAUUAAAUAUAUAUUUAAAAGAAAAACAGCGACUGGCUUUGUAAUUUAUAAAGUUGUGGAAAAAAAAAAAGAGCCCUUCUGGGAAUAGCAAAAAUCGGUGAGUAAUUGAUUCCCACCCAGAAAGGUUUGUAAUUGCCUAUAGAUGUCACCAGAUGGCCCAAAAGCAAUAUUUUUAUUUUGGACACGGCUUUGGCCUGAGCCCCCCACAUAAACAAUAAAUAGUUUUCAGCAAAUAAUAGAGGCUAGGGCCCCCCAAAAAAUGUGUAACAAGGCAAAUUUGUGAAUGCCGAACUGCAAAUAUGUGGGGAUAUGCGAGCAGUCACUGUUCACAUUUGUAGCAUAAGCACUGUAGCAAUUCCUUUCAAAUGACAAUAACUAGUAAUAAUGGAUUAUAUUUUGAAAGUAACUUCUGUUACAAUAAAUAGUGGGGACGGGCCCAAACAAAGUGACCACUUAAGUGACCAAGUAUUCAAUUAUGGGGAUCUGAUAUCUUUGAAGCUCACUUUUCAACAGUAGCUUGUCCUUGCUCUACUCUGCUAAAGUAAGGUGUAGGGUGGUGACAGCUGUGUUUGAGCCCUCAUUCUUAGGCUGGGAGGUCAGACAGAAUAGAUUGGAGACUCCCUCGCUCCCCACGCCUGUUGACAAGCUUCAUUCAGUAAAUGGCCCCAUCACCCUUCCCGAAAUGCCCCUUUUUACAGGAUUAAGCUUGGACAAACAUGUCUUUAUUCUGCGACCGAGGCGCCGCCACCCCUGACCACGUUCUAUAACGUUUGACGCUGUGAGGUCACGGGAUGCGUCCGUCACAGAGCCGGCAUCCAAUUCCAGCGCUCAGGGCUGUGACCUUCCGCUCUUACCCAAUGACUGAAGGCUCAGAUGCUACUGUAUAUCCUUCAAGUCAACCCCCGCAUUUAAAAACCAUGCUUCGAUCUCCUCAAUAGGUAAAAUAUUACUUCACUGGAGACUGAAUAACAAAGAAAAAUAGUGUAAGAAAAUUACAAUUGAAAAAAUGUAGAUUAAUUGCGGACAGCUAAAAGACGAAAGACAUUCUGUGGGGAGGAAAAAAAAAUAUCAAAAGCACUGAAGGUAAGAAUAUUUCGAUAUUUUUUUGAGAACAUUAGAGUAAUAUCUUUAAUCUACUUACAAUAUUCACAUAGCUGCGGUGUCCCACAUCAAUUAUGACAUUAGUUUUCAGAAAUUUCAAAAUGAUAAAGUUAUUUCCUCUCAUGUCUGACUUGGUAUUUUGCUUUUAAUUAUUAUUUACCUGAGACCUACCUAUUAUGAAUGUUGUGUUUAUUUUAUUUUUUCCCCACAGAGUAAUUUAAGCAUGUGUUGCUGGACUGUAGAGGCACUGCUCCUGACCCUGCUUGGACUGCAGACAGUAACGGGAAAAGGACACUGGUGCGAACACACAGUGCAGCAGAAAGUGGAUCGGAUCCUGACCCCACGUCUGCAGCUGGAGGUGAGCUGCUCCGAGGUGUACCAGUACAACACCCAAGGCUGGAGACUAGAUGUAGAGGCGAUGAGGGCGAAGCAUGGCGGGGAUGAUGGCAUUGCGCUCUACUACAAACAGCAGGGUCUCAAGGCAUCCUGCUCAUUGUACAAACUGCCAGUGAUGGAAAGCCAAAUGUUAAACAAGACCGUGAGAGCAUGCUGUGAAGGUUGGAGUGGACCACGGUGCUCAGAUGGUGUAGGAGUGUAUGGCCAGUGUUACUCCACAUGGAGCUGUGUGGAGUUCCCUGGAGUCCAUAACAACUCUCUAAUGCUGAUGGAGCAGUGCUGCAGCAGCCAGUGGGGAUUAAGUUGGAGAAAUGCCUCCGACCAGACCUGCUUGUCCUGCACUUACACUCUCCUGCCAGACGCCCAGUUUUCCCCGCUAGUACGUGGGGGUCUUCUCGGUAGCGUCAGGGCACCUCAAGCCUCAGCCACCUGCAUGUCCUGGGGUGGGUCCCACUAUCGCACUUUUGACAAGAAGCACUUCCACUUCCAGGGAAGCUGCACUUACCUGCUGGCCUCAUCCACUGAUGGGACCUGGGCAGUGUAUAUUAGUACCGACUGUAUUGGCGGAAGAGACUGCAGUAAGGCUCUGAGGAUGAUGAUGGGCCUAGAUUUGGUUACAAUUCACCACAGGAAUUUAACCCUCAACAACUUCCAUGUUCCAAAUGGAGAACCCCUCUUUCAAAAUGGAGUGAGUGUCCAUUGGCUUGGAGAUUUUGUGUUUGUGGAGAGUGGGCUUGGGGUAAGGGUGAAGUUCAACCUGGUCAACACUUUCCACCUGACAGUAACGUCUGAGCAUCUGGGAGCCACUCGGGGGCUUUGUGGAAUCUACAACCACAACCCAAAUGAUGAUUUCACCACAAUGGGAGGAAUUGUGUCCCAGUACGCUGCUAGCUUUGGCAACUCAUGGAAAGUUCCUGACCAGCAGAAUGAAGGCUGCAGUGAUGCUGCGGAGCUCGGACACAGUUGUGACGUCACAGGAGAUGCUUCCUUACGCAGGCAAGCAGAGUCCGUGUGUCAUCGACUCCUAGAAAGCCCCUUCUUGCAGUGCCACUCCCGCUUGGACCCAGCAGCGUACCUAGAUACAUGCCUGUAUCUUUUCUGUAGCUUGCCACCCAAGGAGAGGGAAGCAGCAGUAUGUGACACACUGGCAAGCUAUGCCCGAGAGUGUGCCCAGCAACAUGUCAUCAUAAUUUGGAGGAGAGGCACCCUAUGUGCUCGUGUCUGUCCUAGAGGGCAAGUCUUUUCAGACUGUGUGUCCUCAUGUCCCCCAAGCUGUGCAUCCCCUCAGACCUCAGGGCCAGCUGCAUCAGUGGGUCAGUGCCGGGAGGAGUGUGUUGGGGGGUGCGAGUGUGUUCCAGGACUCUAUCUUCACCAGGGACACUGUCUGAAAAGAGAUGACUGCCCCUGUUUCCAUCGCAGACAUGCAUACCAAUCAGGAGACAAGAUACAGCAGAGAUGUAACACCUGCGUUUGCAGAGAGGGUCAGUGGCAAUGUACUGGGGAGAAAUGCGCUGCCCAGUGCAGCCUGAUGGGAGCGUUCCAUGUCACCACCUUUGACAAAAAGAGAUACUCAUUGCAAGGAGGAGAUUGUCCUUUUACCACAGUGGAAGACUACGUCGACCGAAAGCUAGUAGUAACCGUGCGCUCUGGCGAGUGCACAGCAGGGGGAGGAGGAGGCGGUGCAACAGGCCUAGGUUGUCUAAUAGAGAUGACAGUCACAGCACUUCGCACCACGGUCACCAUCACAGACACUGGUACAGUGACGUUGAACGGCCAGAGGGAACUGUUGCCUGUGGUGACCGGAGACCUGGUAGUGUGGAGGGCGUCGUCUGCCUUUCUCCUAAUCCAGACUUUUGGAGCUCAGCUUCUGUGGCAUCUAGAUGGACCCCUCAUCAUCAUUACCUUGCAGCCUCAUUUCACAAACAAGGUGCGCGGCCUUUGUGGAACACUGACCUGGAACCAGCAUGAUGAUUUUAUGACCCCAGAAGGAGAUGUGGAGAGUAGCGUGUCAUCCUUUGCUACCAAAUUCACCACAGAACAUUGUACUCUAUCUGGAGGAGCCCCUCCAGACCCCUGCACUACUUACACGCAGAGGGGACACUAUGCUGACACUGUGUGCGCCAUCAUCCACAGCACCGUAUUCCAGGCAUGUCAUGAUGUAGUGGAGAGGGAGCCCUAUUUUCGCCUCUGUCAGUCAGAGGUGUGCAGCUGUGCACCCCAGAAGGCCUGUCAUUGCACAGUGCUCACUGCCUAUGCCAGACAUUGUGCUCAGGAGGGUAUCGCUGUCCACUGGCGUAACCAUACUUUCUGCUCGGUCCAAUGUUCUGGGGGUCAAGUGUAUCAGGAGUGUGGUCGAGCGUGCGGCCGCAAGUGUUCAGACCUGCAGCACGGCUGGAGCUGUAAUGGUGACGACGAUGACGGUAGUGGUGGUGGUGGUGGGCUGUGUGUUCCAGGUUGCCAAUGUCCUGCAGGUCUUGUACAGGACUACCAAGGCCAAUGUGUGCCCACUACUAUGUGUCCCUGUGUGCAAGGAGACAAGACAUAUCUACCUGGGGAUAUUGUUCAGAACAGCUGUAAGACAUGUGUGUGUGAGGAGGGGCGCUUUAACUGCACACAGGGUCCCUGUGAAGAGGUCAACAAGUGCCCUGGUUCUCUUAUCUAUGCUCCUCGUUCCUGCCUCCUCACAUGCUCCAGUUUGGACCCGCCAAGUCAGCAGCAAGGUUCCGGCCUCCUGAGUUGCAGAGAGCCCCUAUCUGGCUGUGUGUGCCCGCAUGGAACUGUACUGCUUGGCGAUCAAUGUGUCGUGGCUGCCGAGUGCCCGUGUCGCCAUAAUGGCCGCCUGUACUACAACAAUGAGACCAUCACUAAAGACUGCAACACUUGUGUGUGUAAGGAGCGCCACUGGCACUGCAGCCAGUCGGCCUGCGCUGGGUUGUGUGUGGCUACCGGAGAUCCCCAUUACGUGACGUUCGAUGGCCGCUACUUCUCUUUCCUGGGCGACUGCCAGUAUGUGCUGGCGAGGGAGACCGGUGGUUUGUUCAGCGUCACAGCGGAGAAUGUUCCCUGCGGGAGCACCGGGGUCACCUGUACCAAGUCCGUUACCCUCAUCUUGGGGAACACCAUCAUACACCUGCUGAGAGGUAAAGCAGUGACGGUUAAUGGGAUGCCGGUUACUCUACCCAAGACCUACAGUGGGAGUGGUCUGACUUUGGAAAGAGUGGGCAUGUUUGUGUCACUUUCCUCCAGACUUGGGGUCACUCUGCUGUGGGAUGGAGGGAUGCGUGUGUACGUGCGCCUGGCCGCACACUUGAGAGGAAACGUCGGAGGCCUGUGCGGCAACUUUGAUGGAGACACGGAGAACGACUUCACCACACGACAGGGCAUAGUGGAGUCCACUGCUGAGCUAUUUGGGAAUUCUUGGAAGGUCAGCCCAUCCUGUCCAGAUGUAGCAGACCAAGAUCUGCGAGACCCCUGCACUGUCAACUUGCACAGAGCGCCGUGGGCCAGGAAAAAAUGUGGCAUUUUGACUCAGGAGCUCUUCUCUCCUUGCCACCUUGAGGUGCCUUUCCAGCAGUAUUAUGACUGGUGUGUCUUUGAUGCUUGUGGCUGUGACUCUGGUGGUGACUGUGAGUGCUUGUGCACAGCCAUCGCCACCUAUGCAGAGGAGUGUAACCGCCGAGGGAUCUACAUUCGCUGGAGGUCCCAGGAGCUCUGCCCUUUGCAGUGUGAAACUGGACUUGUUUACGACCCAUGUGGUCCAGCUUGCUCCCCUUCAUGCCCCAAUGCGCAGCAGAGUCCACACUCCCAGUGUGACGUCCUCUCCUGUGUGGAGGGCUGCUUCUGCCCUGCUGGAACUGUUCAAUAUGGUGACAGCUGCGCAGUUCCUACCCAGUGUCCAUGUGAGUGGGAGGGCUCCAUGUUUCCUUCUGGAACUACAAUCACUCAACACUGCCAGAACUGUUCUUGCGAAGAUGGUGUGUGGCAAUGUGAUGGCGUGUCUUGCCCCCCUCCUGCACCAACCUGUCUGGAAUCCGAGUUUUCCUGCGCAAGUGGGCGCUGCAUCCCCUCCCAAUGGGUGUGCGACAAUGAAGAUGACUGUGGUGAUGGCUCUGAUGAGAUUUGUCCAUUCACCUGCUCACCGGAACAUUUCCGCUGUACCAGCGCGCCGAGUGGACCAUGUCUGAACCUGGCUUUGCGUUGUGAUGGCCACCCAGACUGUGCUGACCAAUCGGAUGAGGAGUUCUGUGGACCCGCCACUCCAGUGCCCCUGUGCCCACCGGGGGAGUUUCAGUGCAGCAAUGGGAAAUGUCUCUCAGCCAGCCGUGUAUGUGAUGGACGGCUGGACUGUGGCUUUGCUGAUGGUUCUGAUGAGCAAGAUUGUGGUGUGGUGUGCGAUGAAGGGGAGUUCCUUUGUGCUGGAGGACGAUGUAUUCUCUACCUUCAUCGAUGUGAUGGCCAUGAUGACUGCGGAGAUCUCAGCGAUGAAAGGGGGUGUGUCUGUGCACAAACUGAAUUUCAGUGCCCUGGGGACCAGUGUCUCCCUGCAGAGAAAGUUUGUGAUGGUCAUAGAGAUUGCCCAUCUGGAACAGAUGAAGCUGUCUGUCCAAUCAGAGUGACAUGUGGCCCCGACCAGUUUGCCUGUAGUGACGGCACAUGUGUUGCCAUUACAACGCUGUGCGAUGGAACACGAGAUUGCCCGGCUGGAGAGGACGAAAAACGAACCAACUGCUACUCUUUCAUAACCCCACUACCUUCACCUGUGACCCCGACUGAGCCUCCCUCAGCUUGUUGGUCUUAUGAGUUUGCCUGUGCCACCGGUGGACAGUGUGUCCCCCAAACUUGGCACUGUGAUGGCGAGUCCGACUGUUUGGACGGUAGUGAUGAGCAGCAGUGUCCUUCACUCUGUGGUCCUGGCCAGGUGCCCUGCCUCAGUGGUGACCAGUGUGUGCAUUACCAGCAACUUUGCAACGGCAACCCAGACUGCAGAGAUACCUCGGAUGAGAGUGUAGAGAACUGUGGUUCUGCCCGGAUCCCUCCCUGUCCAGGCAGCUUCUCGUGUGAUAAUCGCACCUGUGUGAACAUGUCAAAAGUGUGCAACGGUAUCCCAGACUGUCCCCGGGGUGAUGACGAGCUUGUGUGCGGUAAACAAGUCUCACCAGCGCCCUCUGGCAGUCCAAAUACCACCUUCUCCUGUCCAGAAUUCACCUGCCUGGAUGGAUCCUGUAUCAAUUUCAACAUGAUGUGCAACAUUGUAGCAGAUUGCCCAGACGCCUCAUUAGCACCACUCGGAGGUCCCACAGAUGAGCAAGGUUGUCGAAGCUGGAGCUCCUGGAGUUCUUGGAGCCCCUGCAGCACCACCUGCGGUACAGGCUCCAUGAGCAGGCAUCGAUCUUGCCCUUCAGGAGACAUUUUGCAUCACUGUCGGGGUCAGGAUGUCCAGAAGCAGCAAUGCUUCAACACCACUUGCCCUGUGGACGGCCAGUGGCUUCCAUGGGUGAACUGGUCAGACUGUUCAAGUGAGUGUGGAGGAGUGCAAAUCCGACACAGAGACUGCAUCCUGCCUCAAAACGGAGGUCGAGACUGCUUCCAGCUCCCAGGAACAUCUAACCUGAGCUUGGAAAUUAAGCCUUGUUCUGAGGAUGGCUGUUCCAACACCAGCUGUCCGACAGGCCUGGUGAGACACAGCUGUUCCCCCUGCCCAGAGUCUUGUGCCCACAUCAGCAGCAGGACCACCUGUGAUCCCACAACACCCUGCUUCUCAGGUUGCUGGUGUCCAGAGGGUCAGGUAAUGAGCCACACACAGCAGUGUGUGUCGCCAGAGGAGUGUGUGUGUGAGCUAGCAGGUGUGCGCUACAGGCCAGGUCAGCAGAUGAAGGUGGACUGCGAGAUUUGCGUUUGUGAGAGAGGAAGACCUCAGAGAUGUCAACCAAACCCGGACUGCGCGGUAGUACAUUGCGUCUGGUCGUCAUGGUCUGGGUGGGGGGAGUGUUUGGGGCCGUGCGGUGUCCAGAGUGUCCAGUGGUCAUUCCGGAGCCCAAACAACCCCACCAACCAUGGAGAUGGGAAAACCUGCAGAGGGAUCUAUCGGAAAGCACGUCGAUGCCAAACUGACCCCUGUGAUGAGUGUGAGUACCAAGGUCAGUCCCAUGCUGUUGGAGACAGAUGGAGGUCCGACCAUUGCCACUUGUGUCAAUGUUUGCCCAACCUCUCGGUGGAGUGCUCCCCCUAUUGCCCGUACGCUGUUACCGGAUGCCCACAGGGCCAGCGUCUAGUACCGGGAGAGGGAGACACAUGUUGUUCCUGUCAAGUAAGCGAUGAAAGUUCUGCAGUAACAGUCAGCCCAUCCCCCGUGACUUCCGAACCAAGAGUGGACAUCACUCCCUUGAUCCCCACCUACCCACUCCCUCCUGAGGAGUGCUGGUCUCCUUUGGGUGUUCAGUUUCUGCUGCCCUCCAGUUUCCAGGCCUCAUCUCAGCAAACCGGUCACCCCCCUGAAGCAGCUCGCCUUCAUGGAUGGGACCCCCACACAGACCUUCAGGGUUGGAGUCCAGAACCAGAAGAGUAUAAGGAUCUACCACAACGGAGCCCUGAGGGGCAGAGUGGCAGUUUACGAAGUCCUUACAUACAGAUUGACCUGUUAAAAGCGUACAACAUCACUGGAGUACUUACCCAGGGAGGUGGUGUGUUUGACUCAUACGUUUCCAGUUUAUACCUGCAGUUCAGCCUAGAUGGACGACAGUGGUACAUUUACAAAGAGCUUGUCACUGACGCACAACCCAGAGCUAAGGUCUUUUUUGGUAACCACAAUGAAGGAGGGGUGGCUGAGAUCAAAUUGGACAGGAUGGUGUCGGCUCAGUUUGUCCGCCUGCUACCACAUGAUUUCCAUAACGGCAUCUAUCUUCGUUUGGAGAUAAUGGGAUGUGAAGAUGGUUACCACUGGUCAACCUUACCCACACCGACUUCGACCGUCUCACCAAUAGGUGGCUGCAGAGAAAAGGAGCUCCAGUGUAAAAAUGGUCGAUGUGUGCCAGCUGGCCCGUCAGGAGUUGUCUGCGAUGGGGUGGAUGAUUGCGGCGACGGGUCAGAUGAGAUGUACUGUGGCACGCAGACCUACUCGACAGUCACAACUUCUCAUAGGUGUCCCAGCGGUCAGUACUUAUGCAUCCCACCAGGGGGCUGUAUUGACGCAGGAAAACGUUGUGAUGGGAUUCCCCACUGUCCCAAAGGAGAUGAUGAAAUUGGCUGUCACCUGCAUGAGAAUCUCACCACUCAGUCUGACAGAGCAUACACACCCACUGCUGCCCCGAUCAGGACUCCUUCCAGGAUUCCUGUGACCCACCCUUCAGAUGGUGGCCCUGGACAUCGUGGCAUCUGCUCAUCUGCACUUGGACUGGAGGAUGGGAGCAUUCGUUAUGGUCAGUUGACAUCAUCCUCUUAUCGUGAGAACAACCCAGCUGAUGCUGGUCGUCUUAAUAUCAUUCCAAACGUUCAAGUUAUGGAGCCUGGAUGGAGUCCCUUGCCUACAGACCCCCAACCGUAUUUUCAGGUCGAUUUCCUUGAGCCUACGUGGGUUUCUGGGGUUGUGACCCAGGGCAGUGAACGCAUGUGGGGUUACCUCACGAAAUACAGAUUAGCCUUUGCACUGCACAGCAGCCUCUUCACCAACUAUACACAGGAUGGCAAGCCCGGUAGUGCUGCUCAGAUAUUUGAGGUGCGAAUGGUGGGUCGAACCCCUGUGACCCGCUGGCUCAGUAGGCUUGUCAGGGCCCGCUACCUGCGUAUCAUCCCCGUGGAGUUCAGACACACGUUCAACCUGCGUGUUGAGAUCCUUGGCUGCAGAGGAGAUGAGCUGGUGACCCCCAGCAGUGUUACGUCUCCUCCCGAUGGUGGGAAAGUGACACCGCAGCGCUGUAAAUCAGGCCAGUUUCCCUGUCAGCAGAGUGAACAAUGCGUUCCAAUUGCUGCGCUUUGUGAUGGUCGACUGGACUGCAAGGAUCAUACAGACGAGAUGAACUGUGGUUCUCCAGGUUUACAGAACCAGACUAGUUCUAUAGGGGGACCAGGCUUCCUUGGUGAUGUAACAACAGGUGCCCCAGGGCUCAAAACCACCAAGUCACGAGGUGCUCUGCCCGGUGUGGCUACAGCUGGAUUCACAGGACAACCUGGACUUUGGAAAGCUACCACGACACACAUUGCGACCACUGGCCAGCCUGGACUCCACCUGACUCCAUCGCACCAGCCUGGAGUUCCUGGCUUACAAACCACAAAGCCUCACUGGAUCACCACAACCCCCCAUGAUGGGGGUUUGCCCAGAGUGCUUUGUGUGGAAGGCCAGUUUGCAUGCCGCUCAUUUGGCUGCGUUGACUCGGCUCAGGUGUGUGACGGCAGGCGGGACUGUUUGGACGGAUCUGAUGAAGAGCGCUGUGGUUCCACAGUAAGUCCGGUGACUACACAGCGCCCCCCAGUGCCGAGCCCCUGUUCUCCCAAGCAGUUCUCUUGUAAUAGCGGCGAAUGUGUUCACCUGGACCGCAGAUGUGACCUGCAGAAGGACUGUGUGGAUGGCUCGGAUGAAAAAGACUGCGUUGACUGCAUCAUGUCCUCAUGGACCUCAUGGAGUCUGUGCAGUGUGUCCUGCGGUCUUGGUUCACUGUUUCGACAGAGAGACAUUGUGAGGGUACCGCUACCUGGAGGAUCCUGCAGUGGAGCCCAAUUUGACAGCCGAGCAUGCUUCCCAGGACCAUGCCCAGUUGAUGGUCACUGGUCGGAGUGGACAGAGUGGUCCGAGUGUGAUGCUCAGUGCGGAGGGGGUGUCAAGCAAAGGAGCCGAACCUGUACCGCACCUGCCUCGAAAAAUGAUGGGAGGAAUUGUGAGGGCAUGAGCUUGCAGAGUCAGAGCUGCAACAGCCAACCCUGCACCAAAGACACUGGCACACAGACAGGUUGUGUCAAUGGCAUGGUGCUGGUGUCUGAGGCAGAAUGCCGGGCCGGGAGAGUCGAGCCUUGCCCACCUACAUGCUCACAUCUCAGCUUCACUAACAACUGCAGUGAAGAAUGUAAACCAGGCUGCCGCUGUCCCAAUGGAAUGUACCUAGAGGGAGGACAAUGUGUGACAGCAAGCCAAUGUGUCUGUCACUGGAACGGCCAAAAACUGCAGCCAGGACAGACGAUUAGCAGGGACCAUUGUACUACAUGUGUGUGCCAGGAUGGACAAGUCGUCUGUAACUCCUCCGGCUGCGCAGCAAGCUGUCAAUGGUCAGCCUGGUCGUCAUGGUCACCAUGUGAUGUCACCUGUGGGCUCGGCCUCCAACAACGCUACAGGGCUCCAGUGAACCAGACGGGAUCCCUCAGAGGGCAACUCUGCCCAGGAGACUCCUCUGAAGUCCAACGGUGCUCCGUCCCGUGCCUCACCGAAGAACCAGAUGGAGUUUGGAGUAAAUGGACCAGCUGGUCAGAAUGCAGUAAGACCUGUUUCCGUCAUGUAGAUGAUGUGGGUAUCAGACAACGAUUCCGCAGCUGCAACCACACCCAUCCUCAGUCAAGCUGUGAUGGAGAUCGCGCAGAGCAGGAGCCGUGCAACAUUGUCCACUGUGCAGUGGACGGUGGCUGGUCUGCGUGGUCUCCGUGGUCUCUCUGCUCAUCCGAGUGUGACUCUGGUGUCCAAACACGAGAGCGAUUCUGUACUUCACCCCCACCACAACAUGGGGGCAGAAGCUGCCCCGGCCCACACGUUCAGACAGCAGACUGUAACGCCCAUCCCUGCUCAGGUGUAUGCCCAGAAGGUAUGACGCACAUGACUGCAGCUGAAUGUGAGGAGCAGGGAGGUGCAUGCCCACGGGUUUGUAUGGACAUGACCUCCACUGAGGUGCAGUGUGCCACUGCCUGUUACUAUGGCUGCUACUGCGCACUGGGCUUCUACUUGCUCAACGACAGCUGUGUGCCUUUGUCCCAGUGCCCGUGUUACCAUCAGGGGGAGCAAUACCCGACUGGGGCAACGCUGCCUGUAGAUGCGUGCAACAAUUGCACAUGCGCUAAUGGAGAAAUGUCAUGUGGAACGACUUCAUGUCCUGUGGACUGCGGUUGGAGCAGCUGGACUCAGUGGAGCGCCUGUAGUCGAACAUGCGAUGUUGGUGUGAGAAGGCGUUACCGUUCCGGAACCAAUCCCCCACCAGAGUUUGGAGGUCGUCCCUGCGAAGGCGCCAGAGUUGGAGUCGACACAUGCAGUAUUGAGCCAUGUUUUGGUGUAAGAGAACCAUGGACUCAGUGGUCCGAGUGCUCAGUGACAUGUGGAGGAGGUUAUAGGACCAGAACUAGUGGGCCUAUCCGAGUCCACGGGACAGCGCAACAGUUCAGCGCCUGUAAUCUGCAGCCAUGUGGGGAUGGCAGCGUGUGUCCGCCGGGGCAGGAAUGGAAGCAGUGUGUGAGAGGAGCAGUGUCAUGUUCAGACCUUAUGAUGGACCUCAGUCGGAAUUGCACGCCAGGCUGCCAAUGUCCAGCUGGAACUUUCCAACAGGAUGGCGCAUGCAUCCGGGAGUCUGAUUGUCGCUGUGACGUUGAUGGAGUGCAGUACAGACCAGGAGACCUUAUUUCUUCUGACUGCAAAAACUGUACAUGUGAAGCAGGAAGACUUUUAAACUGUUCUCAAGCCAGGUGCAAUGUUGAUGGCCAAUGGUCCCUGUGGACUCCUUGGGGUCACUGUUCAGAGUCAUGUGGGCCAGGUAUCCAGUCCCGAUAUCGGUUCUGCUCUAGCCCUCAGCGCUCCGGCCAUGGCCUGCCAUGUCUGGGGCCUAACCGCGAGGACCGAGUCUGUGUCACCACUCCAUGUGAUCGUGAUGGUAGUUGGGGUCCUUGGAGUAAUUGGACACAGUGUACCAAGUCCUGUGGCGGUGGUGUUCAGAGCCGGAGGAGAGACUGUGACAGUCCGAGCCCAGAGGGAGAGGGAAAUUAUUGUGAGGGUCUCAGAACUGAGGUCAAAGCCUGUAACACUGCCCACUGCCCAGUGGCGCCAUGCUCCCAGGUCCCAGGCACAGCAUUCAGUAGUUGCGGACCAUCCUGCCCGCGCUCCUGUGAUGACCUGGCACAUUGCGAGUGGCUUUGUGAGCCAGGGUGCUACUGUACGGAGGGAAAGGUUUUGUCAGCUAACGGAACGGUCUGUUUAGAGCACGAAGAAUGCCCAUGCCUCGAUCUCACAACUGGACGCCGGCUCGAGCCUGGAGAUAGUACUGUGGCCCCUGAUGGGUGUAACAACUGCACGUGUGAGGGAGGGAAGCUUAACUGCUCCCAAAACCCCUGCCCAGUAUCAGGUGGCUGGUGUGAGUGGUCUACGUGGAGUCCAUGCUCCAGGACCUGUGGGGCAGAGUCGGUAUCCCGUUACAGGAGCUGUGGCUGUCCCGAACCCAAAGCUGGUGGAGAGCCUUGUUCUGGAGAACAGGAAAUACACAAUGGUGUUGGCGCUCAAAUCCAGAGACAGCCCUGUCCCGUCAUCACCUUCUGUCCAGUGCAUGGUUCUUGGAGUUCCUGGUCGUCAUGGUCAGCGUGUGACGGGUGCGCUGGGUCGUCCAAUCGCACAAGAGACUGUAGCAGACCCCCUGCUAGAUUUGGUGGUCUGCCCUGCCUCGGAGAAAAGAUGCAGAGCCGCGGUUGCCAUGACAACAUGACCGUGUGCUCAGAAUGUGGUGGAGGCCAAGAAGAAUGGCUUUGCGGCAAACCCUGCCCUCGUUCCUGUUCUGAUCUCCAUGGUGACACGGAGUGCCUAGACUCCCCAGGAUGCAGCAAGACCUGCGGUUGCCCCGGUGACAUGGUUCUGCAGGAUGGCGUGUGCGUAUCCAGGGAGGAGUGUCGCUGCAAAUACGAAAACAGCUCAGCUGCUGAUUCCAGAAAUGCAUCAUGGGUGUGGCCUGGUGAUACUGAUUGGCAGUUUGCAAGUCAUGGAGAGGAAAUCAUCACUGACUGCAAAAAUUGUUCCUGCCAAGCUGGGGUUUUGCAUUGUCACUCGCUCCCCGGCUGCUAUGUCGAUGGUGGUUGGGGCCAGUGGGGUCUUUGGUCUUCGUGCUCAGUUUCCUGUGGAGGAGGAGUUCACUUCAGGAGACGACAGUGUGAUAAUCCUUCUCCUCAGAGUGGAGGGAGAGGUUGCCUGGGAAUUGGCGACCAGCAGAGAGACUGCAACUCACAUCUGUGCACAGACUCGGUGGGCCCUUGGCUACCCUGGUCUCAGUGGUCUGCAUGCUCAGUCAGUUGUGGUGGCGGCCAGCAGUCCCGAUUUCGGACGUGCAGCUCAUCGGCCUGCAGUGGCGUCAGCCGCCAAAGCAAGACUUGCAAUACAGAGGUCUGCCUUGAGGUGGGCUGCCCCCCAGGCAGGCUGUACAGGGAAUGUGAACGAUGGGAGGGCUGCCCUUUCAGCUGCGACCAGAUAAGCGGCAGGGAGGGUUGCUACACCGAUGGCUGUGAGGAAGGCUGCCAUUGCCCCUUACACACUUUCCAACACAACGGCGUCUGCCUGCAUGAGUGUCCCUGUUUAGUCGAUGAGAAGGUUCUAGUUUCUCUGCAAAGUGUCUCUAUCACACCAGUCUCAUCUCAACUCCUUCAUAACGUCUCUGAGGGAGUAGAGCUCCAGCCUGGAGACACACUGGUCCACGACUGCAGCUCGUGUGUCUGUGACCACGGUAGAUGGAACUGUUCUUUAGAACACUGUCCAGUUGACGGCGGUCUGUCACCCUGGGGCUCCUGGAGCCCCUGCUCGCUGUCCUGUGGAGGUCUUGGGCUGAAGACCCGCACCAGAGGCUGCACCCUACCUGCUCCAGCUCAUGGAGGGAGAGGUUGCCAAGGGCCGUACCUUGAAACCACUUACUGUCAGGCCCCUGACUGCCCAGCUGUUGGUCCCACAGAAGAACCCACACUGCCAGAUGAGGAUGCUGGUUUCACCGUCUGGUCAACAUGGAGUCCGUGCACCAAAACGUGCAGUGAUGUUCGUUCUCCGGCAAUCAAGUCCCGCCACCGUCAAUGCAUCAAACCCCCCUGUUAUGGGGAGUCUCACCAAGACAAAGCCUGCAACCUCCCCCAGUGUCCAGACUCAGAUGGUGAUGAGCUCUGCAUUGGGGACGACUGUGAGCAGAGGAACUGUACCUGGACAGAUUGGGGGGCGUGGGGUUCUUGUUCACGUUCCUGUGGAGUUGGCCAGCAGCAGAGGAUUCGAACCUUCCUCAGCCCUGGCCCAAAUGGCUCCUGGUGUGACGACAUCUUGGGAGGAAACCUGGAGCACCGCUUCUGUAACAUCAAGCCCUGCCGAGUGGAUGCAGACUGGUCUCGAUGGAGUCCAUGGUCCCGCUGUGAUAAGCUUUGCGGCGGUGGCCGCUCCAUACGCACCCGCUUGUGCUCCAGCCCUCCACCCAAGAACGGAGGGAAGAAGUGCGAAGGAGAGAAGAACCAGGUCAAACCCUGCAACACCAAACCUUGCGAUGAACAAGGAUGCCCGCCGGGACAGGAGGUCGUGUCUUGUGCCAACGAGUGUCCACAGCGCUGUGCUGACCUCCAACAAGGCAUAGAGUGCCAGACCAACACUGAAUGUCAACCCGGAUGUCGCUGCCCUAAAGGACAGUUGCAGCAGGACGGCGUGUGCGUGCAUCUGUGGCAGUGUGACUGCGUGGAUUCACAGGGACAGAUUUGGGCUGCUGGCAGCGGGUAUCAGGUCGACUGCAACAACUGCAGCUGCACCAAUGGACAGUUGGUCUGCACCAAUCACAGCUGCCAGGCCACAUGCACAUGGAGCUCCUGGUCCAGUUGGGCGUCAUGCAGUGUUACCUGUGGGCAGGGCCAGAAAACCAGAUACAGAUCUCUAAUAUCAGAAACCGAGGGAACAGAUUGUGAGUUUGAGGAAGUCAAUCAUAAACCCUGUGAGCCAGCGCCUUGCCCUCCCCUUUGUCUCCAUGACGACCGGGAGUUGUAUGUGGGAGACACCUGGCUUCUGGGAGAGUGUAAACAAUGCACAUGCACUCCAGAGGGAGAUUACUGCCAAGACAUCGAUUGCAGAGUGGAUGGUGGCUGGACUCCGUGGUCAGUGUGGUCUGACUGCUCAGUGACCUGUGGGCGAGGAACAAGAGUUCAAACUCGCGCCUGCAUCAACCCGCCACCACGUAACAAUGGCUCUCACUGCACUGGGCCAGAGAGACAGAACCAAGAAUGUCAUGCUCCUCCCUGUCUCGAUGACCUUUGCCCCUGGUCGCCAUGGUCACCAUGUUCCCGAAGUUGUGGGGCGGGGACUGUGGUGCGGCGUAGGGUUUGCGUCUGCGGGAAGGGAGGAACUGCAGCAUGUCCUGCUGAGAUUGAAGCUGAGAUGAACCAAGAAGAGAACCAACUAUGUUUUAAACAGCCUUGUCCAGAAUGUCCCAUGUCAGCAUGGAGCGUUUGGUCUCAGUGCUCAUGUGAGUCUCAGAGGCAGCAACGUUACCGUGUAGCUGUCACCUCGGCCACCAGGGGGCAGCAGUGCACUCCUGUUGAAACACAGAGCAAACCAUGCAGCCUCAGUCACUGUGAUGAAUGUGAAGCACCAUUCGUGUAUUCCCCCUGUGGCAAACCCUGUGAGAAGCAUUGUGAACUCCAUGGACGUACAGAUCUGUGUCUGGGUGUCAGAGAGUGUACACCCGGCUGCUACUGUCCACCGGGGUUGCUGCAGCAGAACGGUAGCUGUGUACUAUCAGAGCAUUGCGGCUGCAUCUACUUGCAGGACCAAGCUUCAGGACAAUCCCCUAUACCGGUCACAGUUCCUCAGGGGUCGACAGUCGCCAUCGGCUGCAGUACCUGCCUUUGCCAUGAUGGGACUUUGGAGUGUGACAUGAGAGAGUGUGAAGUUAUCCUCAGUGAAUGGUCAGAGUGGACCCCUUGUUCUCCCUGUAUGCCAUACUCCUCCCUGAACCCCAGUAGCAGCCUCCUGGAUGAGGCUGUCAAUGGAAGUCAAAUGGUUUCAGUCCAGAGGCGUUUCCGGGCCUGUUUAGACUUUGACUCCGGUUUUCCAGUGUCCGGACAGCAGGAGAAAAGUCAGUGUCCACACCCACAAGUUGAAGACAGGCUGUGUCCCGAUGCUAAUAUCUGCCAAGAUCUAUGUCAGUGGAGUGUGUGGAGUGCGUGGACAGUUUGUGCAGAGCCGUGCAGUGGCGGAGUCAGACAGCGCUACAGGCAUCCUCUGGCCUCUCCCCCAGGACCCCUCUGCCGUAGCCAGCAGACACAAAGCCAGAGCUGCAACACGGGACUUUGCCCAGGUGAACGAUGUGAAGAUAGGGGGCGGAUCUACCAAGAAGCUUGUGCCAAUCAGUGUCCUCGUAGCUGCACUGACUUAUGGGAGCAUGUACAGUGUCUCCAAGGUCGUUGUCAUCCGGGUUGUCGUUGUCCAGAGGGACAACUAUUGCAGGACAGCCAAUGUGUGCCCGUGGCAGAUUGUCGCUGUGGUAUCCCAUCGGGCAAUGGGACAUUGGAGUUCAUGCCAAAUGAAGAGCUUGUCAUGGACUGCAACACCUGUGUAUGUGAGAAUGGCACUCUAGUGUGCACAAAUCUUCCCUGUCCCUCAUAUGAGCCUUGGUCCGCAUGGACGACAUGCUCAGCUACUUGUGGGCGUGGCCAGCGGACACGAACGCGCCUCUGCCAAGACACAGAUGGCGGCCCUUCCUGUUCUGACACCAUACAGACCGAAAGCUGUGACUUGCACCCAUGUCCAGUGGGAUGUUUGUUGAGCGAAUGGUCAAGCUGGAGUGAGUGCAGUGCCACGUGCGGCGGUGGGUUGUCGAUGCGAAACAAGACAAUCCUUCAGGAACCAGAGCCAGGCGGGACCGCCUGUGCUGGGCCACUUGAGCAACACACUGUCUGCAACAGCAACAGCUGCAGAACUGAGUGUCCGGAUGGCCAGGUGUUUAGUGACUGUUCGGGUUCCUGUCCAUACACCUGUGAAGAUCUUUGGCCCCACACUCAGUGUUUAGCAGGACCUUGCAACCCCGGGUGCUCCUGCCCACCUGGACAGGUGUUGCAGAGAGGCUUGUGUGUGUCACGCGCCGACUGUCCCUGUUCACUGCUCUCUUUGCCAAUUGCCUACCAAACCUUAAAUAUCAGCACAGAGGAGAGGGCAGACGUCCUGCUGUCACCUGGAACGUCCUUCCAGCACCUCUGCAACACAUGUGUGUGUCGAGGAGGAGUGUUUAACUGCACCUCCAAGCUCUGCGACGUGGACUGUGAGUGGUCCACUUGGUCCCAGUGGGGUCCAUGCUCAGCUAGCUGUGGUACAGGACAACAAAGCUCCACCAGAACUGUGUUGCAACCCAGCCAAUAUGCCGGGGUCCCAUGUGAGGGCCCUGACCACCGCACUGCUGCCUGCAAGGCCGCCGAUUGUGCGUGUCCUGACGGGGAACAAUGGAAGAGGAGGAGGAGCUUGUCUGAAGACUUUCCACUGUGCGAGAGGAGCUGCGAGGACAUUUACUUCCCAACUGCCAUCAACUGCAGCCACUCCUCAGAGGGCUGCGUGUGUCAGGAGGGGCUUUACCGAAACACCGAUGGCGUGUGUGUCAUCCCUGCUCUCUGCCCCUGCCGUGACCAGGGCGUCAUGCAGGAGGCAGGAUCAGAGUGGGUGGAGGACUGCCUGUCAUGCCGUUGUGUGAACGGGAAGAAACUGUGCCAGCCGAGGUGCCCUGAACUCCGCUGUGAUGAGGGGGAAGUCAAAGUAGAAGAGCCGGGCAGCUGUUGUCCAGUCUGCAGGAAACCGUUUCCAGGUGAGCCUGUGCCAGAGUGCCGCCGCUACGUACAAGUUAAGAACAUCACAAAGGGAAACUGUCGGCUUGACAACGUGGAGGUCAGCUUCUGCAGGGGGCGCUGUCUGUCCAGAACUGAUGUCAUCUUGGAGGAGCCCUACCUAAGGUCCGUGUGUGAGUGCUGCAGCUACCGUUUGGACCCAGACAACCCCGUCCGCUUCCUCAACUUACGGUGUGACAGCGGCGAGAGUGAGCCGGUCGUCCUGCCUGUCAUACACAGCUGUGAGUGCACCAGCUGCCAAGGGGGUGACCUGUCCAGACGAUGAGCACGUGCGGAGAAUUUCAGUAACAUGUCAAUUCAUAUGUGUGCCAUUCAGAGAUGAGAUGUAUUUGGUCAAACCAAAUAAGAACCCAGUUUAGAGGGAAUGCAUAGAUGAACCGGUUGGGAAAAAUCUGUUUUCAAACCCUCUUGAUGUCCACAUAAAUAUGUGGUCCUUAGUCAUUAUAUGACUGCAAACUAUACUUUUAAUUCUAAACACCCUGUCCCUGUGUUUAUUCUCUGUCCUGUAAAAACUUUUUUGCUACUCUAUUUUUAUAUGUAUUAUUAAAGCGUCUAUGGUUCACUCUAAAUAUGACUUUUCUACAUUAAAUGAUUAUUAAGACACAUUAUUAUUCACCACAAAUCUUCUUUGUAACCAUGUGGUGAUUGUUGAUUACAUAUUUAGAGUGCAAUAAACUUUUGUACA